CACAAACUGCCUUGGAUGCGAAGGAGAGAGGUUGUGUUUUCAGUGGCUCUUGUCACUAGUGUCUUAUUACUGCCUUAUAUCUGCUGUGUCUUCUGUUCCGCAAACAUACCCGGAUCUCAGAGACCCAACAUGAAGCCUAGAAGGCCCUCCUGGAAGAAGCUACAACCUGCAGAGAAGGAGAUCGUGGCCGAAGUGGCCAAGCAGCUGCGCUUGAUGGGAGAUAAAUACAACUUGAAGCAGAAAAUCCUGAAUGUUGUGACCAAGAUUCUGUCCCCAGGAACCUGAUGGGCUCUAAUGAUGAACUAACGAUUAUACAGGAAAAAAAAUAAAUUCAAG